AUGACCCCGCCCCCAGAGAGGGACAUUGAUCCCAUCACAGGAGCCGAGCUCGAUCUAUCCGGCACCAAGAAGCGCUCCAGUGAAGAUGCAUCAGAGUAUCCGCGGAGGCGGGCGACCAUUGCUUGCCAGAUAUGCCGACUACGCAAGACACGAUGCAAUGGAGCCCGGCCGAAAUGCCAGCUUUGCUCCGAUCUCGAUGCAGAAUGCGUGUACCGUGAGCCAGGAAUCAAGCUUGAUGCUGGCGACAAGCUGAUUCUAGAGCACCUGACCCGGAUCGAGGGGUUGCUUCAUUCCAGCUUAGCAGCACAGGGUCCUCACCAUCUAGCCAUGUCGACAUCCCCUGCGACAAGCAACGACACCGGCAUGGGAAGUGAAGAUCCGAGCACCAAGAUGAGUGGGUUGUCAACAUCCGGGAGAAUGGCAGCGGUAGGACUGGGUUCCUGGGCCAAUCCGCCACCCAGCAUUAGUAUAUCCACCAUGCCCAAGGUACACAGCACCCCGGCUCUACAUCUCCUCCAAUGGCCCCUGAUCCGGGAUCUCGUAUCGGGACCAUACGACCCACAAAAUCUUCUUCAAUUAGAAAUGGCCCGUGAGCCACUGCGCCUGAAUCCGAACUCUGGCUUCGAUUUGGCCAACGCGCCUGCGUACGUGCAGGCAUUCUUCAACCAUGCAAAUAUUUGGUAUGCAUGCGUGAAUCCAUAUACAUGGAACCGAUACUACCGAACUGCGCUUGCGCAAGGAUUCCAAGAUGGACCCGUGAGUUGUCUCGUGCUACUAGUCUUAGCCCUUGGAGCUGCUAGUCGCAGCGGCAGCAUCUCGUUUCUACCUGCGGAUCAGGAACCACCAGGACUCCCAUAUUUCGCUGCCGCCUGGGCAAUCCUACCCUCUGUGAUGAUGCGUAAUUCUGCAAUCGCCGCACAAUGCAUGAUCCUCGCAUCGGCCUACCUGUUUUACCUCGUGCGACCACUCGAAGCGUGGACACUACUAUCCAACGUGAGCAUGAAGCUGCAGCUCCUCCUGGGCAACCCCAACCGAGUACCCGCACAAUGGAAAGAACUCAGCGUCCGAGUCUACUGGAACUCCCUCCUCUACGAAAGCGAUCUCCUCGCGGAACUCGACCUCCCGCAUUCCGGAAUCGUAAACUUCGAAGAAAUCGUCGAUCUACCAGGCGGUUUCGAAGAAGAAGACGACGACGAAGACGAAGGAAUGAACAACGACAACGAAGAAAAAGACCAGCAACACAACGCUAGACCUCCCGAAGAAUACACAGGCCGCGACGAACUCUGGUACUUCCUCGCCGAAAUCGCACUCCGAAGACUCCUCAACCGAGUCAGCCACCUCAUCUACCAAAAAGACAGCACACACACCCUCUCCUCCCUCGGCCCUAUAGUCUCAGAACUAGACUUCCAACUCUCCCAAUGGUACGAAAGUCUCCCCCAACCCGUCCAAUUCCCACUCACAUCAUCCCCACUCUCCAACUCCGUCCAAACCGUCCUACGCCUACGCUACAACGCCUGUCGAACAAUCAUAUACCGCCCCUACAUCCUAGCCGUCUUCGAAAACGAGCAAGCCGGUGCAGACCCAGGCGUGCGAGAGUGCUGUCGCAGAUGUCUCGAUGCGACACUGCGACAGCUAGAUCACGUCACUAGUCAUCGAGAGGGCCAUUUGCCGUAUCUCUGGCAGGGGGCUUUGUCGAUGGUUUCUCAAACACUGCUUAUUAUGGGGGCGACUAUGUCGCCGACUUUAUCUACUUUGCUUCCGCCGCCGUUGAGGGUGGAUGCGAUUAUUUCGAGUGUUGUUGCUGAGGUGGAGCGGUAUGCGCAUUUAGCGCCGAGUUUGAAGUUAUCUUCGGAGAUUAUUCGUGAUGCGGAGCGGCGGAGGCAGAUUUGUCUUCGUUCGGCGGGGAUUAGUAUCUGA